AUAGGCAGACGUUGUGGGUUUAUAUUUAUAAUCGUGAAAAUGGAGACAUGAAACAUUCCUUUUGCGGCAUCACGACAUCAAUACGAAAACAUGAAAGCAACUACUUUAGCUUUCUACGGUUUUGCAUUAGGACUUUUAGGACUGGGGCUUAGGGAGUUGCUACUUGGUUUCGAGGAAAACAGGUGUAGCAUGACAUACAUGUUCGAGUACCCCGAAUACCGGCGUGUCCAGCUGCCACGACGAGUAUCGCGUCUGUACCCAGCCUAUGGACUCUACUUGUAUGGAGAGGGGGUAUAUGCUCAGGAGACCAGGGGCCUCAAGCUCAGUGGAGCCCCAGUGCUGUUUUUACCAGGGAACGCAGGCAGCUACAAACAAGCUCGUUCCCUGGGCUCAGUGGCACUGCGGAAGGCCGAGGGGCUGGAGGGUGGCGUCCACUUCAACGUGUUCACCAUCGACUUCAACGAGGAGCUGGUGGCGCUGUAUGGAGGAAGCCUGCUCAGGCAGACCCGCUUCCUGCACGAGAGCAUCAAGGCCAUCCUGCGCCUCUACAAGGAGCACCCAGACCCCCCUACUAGUGUGGUGUUGGUGGGACACUCCAUGGGCGGUGUGGUGGCCCGAGCGCUGUUCACCCUGCCCAGGUUCAACCCGAGGCUGGUCAGUCUCAUCAUCACCCAGGCGUCCCCACAUCAGGCUCCAGUGCUCCCACUAGACCCCUACUUACUGGAGUUCUACUCUGCUGUCAGACAGCGAUGGAUCACUGGAGCACAGGACCUACGGAACGUGACCGUGCUCUCUGUCGGGGGUGGUUACCGUGACUACCAGGUGCGCUCCGGCCUCGCAGCGCUGCGGUGCCCCCUGGCUGACCCCAACAAGCUGUCCCUGGUGGUCACUGCUGUACCAAGGACCUGGGUGUCUACAGACCACUUGUCUAUAGUCUGGUGUAAGGAGCUGGUCCUGGCAACAGUUAGGGCUUUCUUUGACCUCAUCGAACCUGAGACUGGCCAGUUCACAGAUGACACAGAGAAGAGGAUCUCUGUCCUGAAUUAUCACUUCAUCAGACACCCAGUGCAGGUGCUUGGAGAGGAACCAGAACCCAUAGCCACCUUUACAGCCCCAAUUGAGGCCUGGAGCGAAGUGAACACCCUCCGCCUCUUCCACAGUGCCCCUAAGGAACCACAGGAGAAGUAUUUCCUGUUUGCUCUAUCGAGUCGCAGGAAAGCCUACAGCCAUUUCCACUGUCGAAGCAGCAACUUGGAGAUGACCAGCUGGCUCUAUGGCUGCACAGAAAUGAAUGGCUCUAUGUGUCUGCAGGCGGUGGAUUUGUCAUGGGGGACGGAGCUGCUCCCUCCUUACAAGGUACUGACUGUUCGAGUGAGCGAGCUGUCCUCAGUCUCCCAUCUUGUUGUCGCUGCCUCCAACCCUAGUGGCAACCAGUUUAUGAUGGAGUGUGAGUGGCAGAGGGAGGAGUCUCAGACCAUCCCUGUGGCCGUGCCUCACGUGCUGUCCUUUGGCCUGACUGUUAGUGAUGUCACCAUCAACUCCUCUGGGCUGCUCCACACCGUUCAGCUGCAGCAUUUCCACCAGGUCUACCAGGCUUUCAGAAUCACAGUUGUGAGCCAGUGUAAAGUAAGCAAAGACCGACUGCCCAGUGUUUAUAGACUGAAGGCCCCCUGGUUCAGAGAGGACUCUUUCACUACUGCAAGCAUCCCCUCCGUUACCGAGAUUUCUGGAAUGCUUCACACAAGUCGUCUCGACAACACCUCAAGUGCCCUCUUGUUGCUCCACACUGCCCCCAACUGUCAGUAUAAGGUAUCAGUGAGGACCUCUUUCCUUAAAGUGCUGGGACAGGUUCUGCGUUUCUGCGGCCCGGUGCUUCCUGUCUACAUGGCCGUGACGCUGCUCCUCUCGCUGGGUGUGCAGCUGGGCUCCAUCGGCCGGACGGGGCUGCCAGUGGGGAUGGACGAGGCCAUGAGCCGGGCCCUGCGACCCCACGCACUGGAGCUCCCCGUCUACCUGCUACACCUGCUCCUCAGGCAGAGCUGGUUUGAGGAGGUCUGGGUGUCGCUCGGCCUCCCCGCGGUGGACGGCCUGCCUCUCAUGGCGGUGGAGAACACCGUCCAGAACGCCGUAGUGCCCAGCGAGGACUGGCCACGCCUCCUAGGCCCCGUCCUGUGCCUGCUGGGGGCCACUGUUGCAUUUUGGGGCAGCACAGUGAUGCGGCUUGGCCUGCGCCUGUUCUCCCUCUUCCUCGCUCCUUUGCACAGGCCCUCAGUGUCUCGAGACUGUGGUACCCUCCUCCUACGAACUCAGGUCUUCCUCAUCCUGGCUUUGGGCACCUUGGGCGGAGUGACCUGUGGGGCUUUGUCAGUCACCGUGGCCUUUCUGCUUCACUUAUACCGGGUGCUCAGGCUACAGAUGACAGAGCGGUCAUUGCGCCACGUGCUGAACCUGGCUCCUCAGAAGGUAUCCCCGGAGACGGAGAACGGUUACGGGGCCGGUGGCUGUCAGAGUCGACCUAAGGAAUGUAACGGUGCCCCGCUGCUGACGCAGUCAGCGCUGCAGGAAGUCAGAGACGACCUCCAGCUGCACCUCAGUCUCUCCGCUCUGCUCACGCUACCCAUGAUGCUCUGCGCCCCGUCACUUAUACAUUGGUCCCGUAACCUCAGAUACUCUGUCCCGUUGGACCCUGACCCGUGCUGGCCCCACACUCUCCCCCUGCUCUCGGCCACGGUGCUGCUCGUCAACUGCAACACUGACACACUCAGUCACAGUAAAGUCCUCAGACUGACCUGCCGGCUGUUGUUGCCCCUGUGCAUUGCCAUGGUGACCUUCUCCUCCCUCCACCUGUAUCGAGUCACUCACUUCCUGUCUGUGGCUCUGGGCCUUUUGGCUAUUUCCUGUUACCUCUGACCGCUCUCAACGGGGUCCCAUCACCAAACCCAUAAGCAGGUAGAACCCAUCCCAGACAGCCUUACAAUAUGAGUUACUCCUCCCAUCCUGAAGGGGGGGACAGUGACUCCACUUCAGAAGACCCAUACCGUGCGAUCUCACCAACGGAGUCUCAACAGGGUAUUCCUGUGUCAUUGUCAUGGUUAGCUUGAUGUGAGUUUAUGAUUGGGUUCUGUUCUCCACAACACUCCUAUUUCUUUUAACUGACUUGAUGUUCUGUCUGUCUGUGUCUGAUAUUCUUUCUGUUUGUGUCUGAUGUUCUUUCUGUUUGUGUUUGACGUUCUGUUUUCUGUGUGUGUCUGAUGUUUUCUUUUGUCUGUCUGUGUCUGUGUCAGAUGCUCUCGUUCAUUUGUCUAUUCUUGUCCAUCCCCACACACUCCUUAACAACAAGCCCAUUUUAAGAUGUAGGUUAAAUACGUAGCUCAUGUUUUGCUGCCAACGUUCACGCUCACAUGUCAUUAGUGGAUUGAUCGCCAAAAAUGACCCAUAAUCAUGAUGGUCGCCACACUUACAGCCAUGUAAUUUAAUGGGACCAUGUCAAAACUGACUUUUAAUGCUACUGUGUACUGACACUUACACUGUAUAUGAGUAUAACCCGCCUGAAUGCGAGUGCAAUAUUCAGUAUUCUAACCAUAAUAAGCAGGACCGACCGGCCAAGUGGACACUGGCAAGCAGAGAGACGUUGUGACUCCCAACGGAGUAUAUUUCCUGUCCUGGAUGUCACAGCAUUGACCAUAAGCCAUUGGAGAAGCUCUUCUCAGAUUAGUGCCAUAGUUUGCCAGAGCAUUCAGUCAAGAGCCAGCAGAAGGCCAGGAGUCUUAAGACUCUUCAUGUCCGCUUUAUACAGCGACCCAUCACUUAUAUAGGGCAGAUGGUUAGUGGACCAUGUGUAUGCCCACUCCAGUCACUGUUAGUGAUAUAGGUGUCACUGUGCAUCUAAACUCACUGAGUACUUGAAUAGAUAACUACUUACAGGCCAUGAAGGGGAAGAAUAUCCAUUUAGCUAGCUGGUACAGCCAUGUUGCUGGCCUACUGUAAUUAGUACUGAUGAAUUACUUGCAGUACUAACAGGUAUGUGAGUGCGCAGGGCGGUAACUCUCUCACCUGUAAGGGAAUGCCCAUCCUGUUUGUUUCUGACUAAUGUUAUACCGAUGAGCAAUGUAGCCACAGUGUGUUGCUGUUGCAGCUGUUUAGUUUUUUUAACACCAACCCAUCAUCCUGUAUGCCCAUACAAGUUACUGUUCGUGAUGUCCAGUUAACUUUGAUGAGUGUACUGUAUGUGUUUGUGGAGGUGAGUGCAGGACAGUGGCAUUAUUUCAACUCCCAUUUGAGUUUGGGAUUCGAUAACUUUUCAUCAUAUCACUGUAUUUACAUAGAAGGUAAAUUGUCGGUUUAAACCUCUAAUGCACUGCUCACCAGCACCAUAUGUCUCAAUAAUUAGAUAUGUAUUCCACUCAACGUCCUUAACUACUGAACCAUAGCCACGGUUUUUAUCAUUUUUCUCCCCUGUGAUUAUGGCGUGGAUAGCAAGAAGCCAUGCUAAAAAAAAGAGUAUUCCCUAAACACAACAACUAGUGCCUUGCUACAACUAUUCCCCAACUAUUUUGCAUGAGCAUUUUCCUUAUCUGCCCAUUGUCUAAAGUUGGACAGUUACUGGGACCUAUGGUUGUCAGUCAGACCAGCAUCCCUGUCUCAUCCAACUGCUUUAUUCAGAAAUAUCAAGAGACGAUGGUGUGCACAAGAGGAGGUGUUAGUGGUUCACCAGUAUGAUACCUGGUCAGGAUUUAUAUGCAGAGUCUUUUGUAUGCCUUCUCCUGUCAGUGAAAUCUCACCCUUGCGUUGCGGAGAGUUUCAAUAUUAAUGGUGUUGUAAAAUAAUGUUGUUUCUCAAUGUUCCAUGUGACCUGAUAAACCAGAAAAAAAGUGGUGACCCUCGUUUUCCAUAGAAAUGUUGAAAAAACUACCAAAAAAAAAAAAGAAUAAUCCAGAAUACCUGGAAAAUAGUAUUUGAACAUUGAGAAACCCAUCCUUUUUAUGAUACCUUGAUACCCGGAAUGAUACCUAGCUGUAUCAUUUAUGACCGUACUUGUAUGAAUUGUACCAUUCUUGGAAGCAUAGAAGCAUCUUCUUGAGCAACAAAAACUUUAUAUGGCACCUUGCUUCCUUGACCAAACUCUGCUGUCACACUCAUUGAGGAGAUGCUCCCAUGUCACCUGCACUGUGAUUGUACCUGCACCUGUCUGUGCGUGUGUGUGGUGUGUGUGGUGUGUGUGUGUGUGUGUGUGUGUGUGUGUGUGUGUGUGUGUGUGUGUGUGUGUGUGUGUGUGUGUGUGUGUGUGUGUGUGUGUGUGUGUGUGUGUGUGUGUGUGUGUGUGUGUGUGUGUGUGUGUGUGUGUGUGUGUGUGUGUGUGUGUGUGUGUGUGUGUGUGUGUGUGUGUGUGUGUGUGUGUACUGAUGUGUUGAUGGCACGUGAUAUUACUGACUAGCAUCAGCUGUCGAGGGUAUUUGUGGAUAUCGUCUGUCUCUUAAUGUGUGGUGCAGUUGUUUUUGUGCUUUGAAGUGCACACAUUCUGCCUCGUUUCGAGUCCAGGCGUGAUUUAUAGUGUAUACACACUUUGGUGUAGGCUCAACAUUGUGGUGAAAGUACUAGAGAAAUGGACAUACUUUUUUGUAUCAAACAUGAUUGUGAUUUUUUAACAAUUGGUGUUCACUGUGAUGUGUCGUGAUCUUCGAGGAACAAUUUUUUUGACAGCAUUGUCUGUGUUUUUUCGCUAUCCUGAAAGGGGAGUCUUAUUGAGACAUGAUGAGCUUUGUGGCAAAACUAGUCUUAAGCGAUGUCUAAUAAUACAGAAUAGAUGUUUCUCUGUGGUAGAUGUGCUGUUGCAGCUAGAGCUAUUCAUGGACUAUGACUGUACUGGCCUCUAGACUCAGCCUGGAUUCCUUAUUCAUGGGCAUCACAUUGGCUUAGAGCAUAAUGUAACACAAGCAAGUUCUGUCAUCGGUCAGCUGUGAGGUUGCGACGGUUUUACCACUGCACCUAGGUAUGCACACUGACUUUGACUAAAACAUUGCAUCGACUGUUCCUGAUUCCUCAGCAUCACCACAGUAUAGCUGAUUCACUGAUCAACCAAAUGUCUGUGUUUUUAUUAAGGUGUUACUGCUUUUUUUCUCCCCCGAGUACACUUCCUUGCACUACAAACUGCUCCCACUGUCUAGUAUCAGAGUAUUCUAAAUACCAACAAAUGUGGCUCUAGAUAGGAUGGCAUCAAGUGAUUUUGUAAAUACAUUAUGACCAGUGGAUCAAAUAUGUAUGCUGGCAUUUUUACUUUGGUGAAUUAAAGUACAAGUGCUUGGUGUGAAUACACUGUAAGAUGUGUAAGUGCAGUGAUAAAUGUUGAUUUAGUAAUGUCAAAUAUUCUGUAGCCAUUGUAAAUGGUGACUCGCUGAAACAUCACACGUGUCUCUAAAGGGAACAUUUAACAUGUAAUCAUGUGGAAGACAUCUUGUACUUGAUUUUGUGACUCGUAUUUUGCGAGUUUCUUUGCUGUAUUUAAAAAGGGAUUGUCCAAGCAGUGUCCAUAGACAAGCAUAGCAUGUUUGUUCGGCUGACCUGACACAGACUUGAUCUGCUGUCACCAUCAGUAAGCUACCUACAUCUGCUACAGGUCCUACAUGUGUUUGAGACACUUUCCGUGCAUAAUAGCUAGCUGUAUCCAGUUAAAAUGUGUGCUGGGUAGUAUGGCUAUGUCUAAGGGAGUCAUUCUGGUAGUUUUUACAUCACACACUGUAAAGCCAACCUUUACGAUAUUGAUAGCUCAGCAUUUGUUUCCGACUCUACAGCUGUUCAUCUUGAACCAUCUUGGCAUUUUUAUCUUGCUGUGUGUAUCGAGCUAUUUAUGGCUAGUUACCCGUUUUCACUGUAUACAGUUUUCACUGUAUAUUAACUGCAAUGUUUUAAGACCGAUGCUUGGUGGUUCAAAUGGUCAGGUCCAGCAUUACUGCCUAUUGCUAUUGUCUGGUUUUAUAUAAUAACUGAGUUGCCCAAAUGGACAUUCUCAAUUCUCAGGUUUAAAAACUGUCGUAAGGAAGAGAUUGCUUGGUGUUUUAUAUGAUGUUCAAAUUUAAACGGAUAUUAUAUUUAUCAGAACGUUGUGCUAUUUGUGAGCACUGUUA